GGAAUAAGCCCACCGGUAUAGCUGCAGCUUCUGAACUUCAACAGUUGCAGCUUCCAAGUUCUUACGGCCUAAAUCGCACAUGCAUCGCAGUCAUCUUGCUGUUCCCGUGUGGAUUAACCCCAAGUUACUCAACAUGCCGGUGUGGGAAUGCUUCCCUAAAGCUUCUUAACAGCUUCGGAUCACUUGCCAGUACGCCCGCGGGCGGGAAGUCCAAACAUCGCGAGCGGUAUGUCGAACUCGCAAGGAACAUGUCGAUGCAGCCGCUACCCGAGGACGUCGCUGCAAAGAUCAAGUCCUCAGCCGUCAUUACCUCCCUGAAUGGUGCUGUAUGCGGCCUUCUGCAGAAUUCUUUGGAUGCGGGUGCUUCUAAGAUCAGCAUCUCUGUUGACUAUAGCCGUGGCAACUGUAGCGUGGAGGACAACGGCGUGGGUAUUGCCCCAGCCGACUUCAGGGAGGACGGCGGUCUCGGCAGGCUGCACUAUACAUCUAAAUAUCCACCACGGAGCGGCUGCCAUGGCAAGCAUGGAGAAUUCCUGUCGUCCCUGGCUGCUCUCUCGUUGCUCUCCAUCACAUCUCACCACCGUGAUUAUCGAACACACAACUCCGUCACCAUCCACAACUCCAGGGUCAUCGCACGCAGCCUUCCUGCGCCGCCAGAGCAGCGAGUGUUGGCUUCCGCCAGCGGAACCCGUGUCGUUGUCCGGGAUCUGUUCGGCUCCAUGCCCGUCCGCGUCAAACAGCGGGCUGCUGAGGUGGAGCGAGCAGGAACGUCCAGGGAUUUUGACCAGCUUAUUUCCAAUGUCGUAGCUCUUCUUCUUCCCUGGCCUGGGGACGCCACCGUCUCUGUUCUGGACUCAUACGCUCGUCGGACGGUGUCCCUUCGAGCACCAGCUCUGGUGGGUUGGUCGGGAAGCUCGGCAAGGGCUACGCCCGACAUCGUCUCCCGGACAACGACGCUCCUCACACAAGCUUCUUUGGUGGACAAUGACGGCCUGAAAUGCUGGGUACCGGUUGGAGCCACGGCUUCUGGCAUUUCCGUGAGAGGGUGUGUAUCUCUCCAGCCAGUUGCGACGAAGCAUGUUCAGUUUAUUGCGCUUGGGAUCAAGCCGUUGCUGAAUAAUCAUCGCUCAAACGUCUUGUAUGAGGAUGUCAACCGCAUAUUCGAAAAGUCUAGCUUUGGGGUGGUUGAAGAUGCCGGUCUCGACGAGGAGGGUCUUCCCUCCAAGACAGAAGGGUUCACCGGCAGAGAACUCAAGCCCAAGAAGGGGAUUGACCGGUGGCCGAUGUUCUUUCUUCAGAUUCUUCUUACUGCAGAGACGGAACCAAUUGACGUCGACGAGGCUUUGGAUGAAAACAGCCACAGCAUAACCGUCAUCGGCGACCUUCUUCAAGUUAUGACGUACGAAUUCCUGAAGAAAUACCACUUUCGCCCAAGGCUUGUCAGCGCUGUUGAGAAGCUUAAACGGCCAAAAAAUGAAUCGCCUGUUAUGCCGUCCAAGCAGCAUGUCUCGUCGCCACGCCCGAGGGUUCAGAUAGAGCCACAUGCUAGGCGGUCUCACUCCAGGCAGGAACAUCGGGUGCAAACCUCUCUGCCGCGUCCAAGGAGUGGUACUUCUGAACCCCGAUCGGCCUCGCCCUUCGCAUCCUGGUCAAGAGUCAAACCAAAUGCGGCGAAUAACUCAGAAUCGAAACCUUCUAACCCGUUUCCCCAGUCAUCUGGAAAACUAGAAGACGGGGACAAAGUUAGACGCGAUCACCUUACAACUGUGUCAGAAGGGAACCAGAAGGCCAAGGAUCCACUCUUCGGCAAGUCUGGUAGGCUCUUACGAAAACCGUUCGAUGAUGUGGAUGAGAUGACGACAGCCCGGUUAGCUGGUGUACCGGAGAGUCAGCCCAGCGACGGGGAGGGCGCCGAAAGUGGACAAAGAGAGAUCGUCUGGUUCGACCCUGACACGAAAAUAAAGUCUCUUAUAGACCGACAUACCGGGUUCGCUAUCAAAACGCGGAGCGCUGUGGACAGUGUCCCUUCCCGGUCAAUAGGCGGGACAGCGGUGGAGGAAAUUUCACGGUCAUGCGGGAGAACACCAACUCGGCGUGGCGAGCAGAAUACCAUCUUCCAGCCAACAGAACCGCACAUUCCCCAAGCUCUGCAGGUCUCAGAACUGCUUGGCUGCGAGCACGGUAGCAGGGGUCGUGAGUCUCAAGACGUGGGACGUUCCAUCACAGGGGUGAGCCUGUUGGCGACGCUUGAAGGCCGUGUCUCCAGGGUUGCUCUCCGAAGCGCAGAGAUCGUGGCUCAAGUGGAUCAGAAGUUCAUUCUGGCCAAGGUACCAACACGGCCCCAGACGAACUCGGCGAACUCAGUUACCGAAGCGGAGCACACGCUUAUCCUCAUUGAUCAGCAUGCCGCCGACGAACGAUGCAAAGUCGAGGAUUUGCUCAAGGGCUACUUCAUCUCAGGCACAGCCGACGAUGGACGGUUCGUGGCGCAAACACAAAGCCUGGAUAAGCCCAUUCGUUUCGACCUCUCGAGGCGCGACGGAGAGCUCCUGGUUCGCUUCCAACAGCAUCUCGAGCACUGGGGCCUUGUUUAUGAAGCCUUCCAGGGCCAAGACUCGUUGCCUCACGGGCCGGUGACAGUGGAGAUUCGAAUGCUGCCGCCAAGCAUACUGGAACGAUGCCGUCUUGAGCCACGCCUGCUCAUAGACCUACUGCGAAAAGAGAUAUGGAAGCUUUAUGGCAUGAGUGGUUGGCGCAGCGGAGGAAGAAGCUCGGUUAUCACUGGCUCCGAGCACGAUUGGGUCGCAAGAUUUCAUGAGUGUCCCGAAGGCAUUCUGGACCUGAUCCAUUCUAGGGCCUGCAGGACUGCCAUCAUGUUCAAUGACCCUCUCACGUUAGAGCAGUGCUCGGACCUCGUGCAGCGGCUGGCAGCGUGUGCGUUCCCCUUCCAGUGUGCCCAUGGACGACCCUCGAUGGUCCCGCUGGUGCAUCUGAGCGGUACCAACACAAUUGCGUCAAGCGGCAUCGACUACCAGGAGGACGCACCGGGUGAGUUGUUAAGGGUUCUCAGGAGGUGGCAGAAGAAUUGGGGGCAAAGCGGAUGAGGCCUAUUACUACUGAUGCGAUGGUGGCAUUGUUAUUCACGCCAUCAAAACCACUGCUUGAAGUCCUAAGUGAUAACCUGAGAUAGAAAGUUAAAGCAUAGCCUACUUGUCCG